GGUCAAAGAUGGUGUGAUGCGGCAGCUGUCGGCCAUUUUGACGAGAAGGUGAGGUUGGAACUCGGCUUCCAAAGAUGAAAGAUAAAUAAAUUUAGGGGUAAUUUUUUUGGAAGUUGAAGGUAUAUUCUGACCCUUGCCGAAGUAUUCCUGGUGGUUUUCUUUCUCUGAGGCUUGUAACACACUCGGCCAACCAUGUCCGUUCUCCAGGCAUUAGAGGAAAAGUUGUCCAAGAUGCCGGCUCCGAUGAGGCUCAAGGAUCUGAUCAGGAACAUCCGGGCGGCGCGCACGGCUGCAGAUGAGCGGGCGGUGAUACAGAAGGAGCUGGCCAUCAUCCGCAACUCGUUCCGUGAGGAGGACAACACGUACAGAUGCCGCAACGUGGCCAAGCUGCUAUACAUCAACAUGUUGGGCUACCCGGCCCACUUCGGGCAGCUGGAAUGUCUGAAGCUCAUAGCGUCCCCUCGCUUCACCGAUAAGCGCAUCGGCUACUUAGGAGCCACCCUUUUGUUGGAUGAGCGACACGACGUUCAUUUACUCAUUACGAAUUCCAUGAAGAAUGAUAUGGAGCACAACACCCAGUACAUCGUAGGCUUAUCGCUAAGUUGCUUUGGCAGCAUCUGCUCACCGGAGAUGAGCCGUGAUCUGGCCGGGGAGGUGGAGAAACUGCUCAAAUCCUCCAAUGCCUACGUCAAGAAGAAGGCUGCCUUGUGUGGUGUUCGAAUCAUCCGGAAAGUCCCCGAACUAAUGGAGAUGUUUAUCCCUGCUGUACGCUCCCUUCUUAACGACAAGAAUCAUGGUGUUCAACUAACGGCGGUCGUUCUCAUCACAGAAAUGUGUUCACGGAGCCCCGAGACUCUACUGCACUUCCGCAAGGUUAAGGAGAUUGUGCCAAACCUUGUUAGAAUACUUAAGAAUCUCAUCAUGUCGGGUUAUUCGCCGGAGCAUGAUGUGUCCGGCGUCAGCGAUCCCUUUCUUCAGGUCAAGAUCCUACGGUUGCUGAGGCUUCUGGGCAAGUCGGACAUGGACUGCAGCGAGGCGAUGAACGACAUCUUGGCCCAGGUGGCAACCAACACAGAGACCAGCAAGAACGUUGGCAAUGCUAUCCUGUACGAGACGGUACUGUGCAUCAUGGACAUCAAGUCGGAGAGCGGGCUGAGGGUACUGGCCAUCAAUAUACUGGGCAGGUUCCUGCUCAACAACGACAAGAAUAUCAGAUACGUGGCUCUUAACACUUUACUCAGAGUUGUACAAAGCGACAUGAACGCAGUACAGCGACACAGAAGUACUAUAGUGGACUGUCUCAAAGAUCCUGAUGUCUCUAUCAAAAGGCGUGCAGUGGAGCUAUGUUUUGCCCUCAUCAACGGUAACAACGUCCGCAGUAUGGUCAAAGAACUCAUCUUCUUCCUGGACAAGGCUGACCCUGAGUUCAAGGCCUACACGUCCUCAAACAUCAUCUCCACCUGUGAAAGACAUGCUCCCAACAAGAGAUGGCAUAUAGACACAAUGAUGCGAGUCUUGACAGGAGCAGGGAACUACGUUCCCGAGGACUCGGUGGCUAGUCUGAUCCAGAACAUCUCGGAGUCCUCCAGCCUACACGGCUACAUCGUACAGCAGCUCUACAAAGGCUUGAAAGAGGACAUCAGCCAGCAACCACUGGCUCAAGUUGCAUCAUGGUGCAUGGGAGAGUACGGCGACCUUUUAGUGGGCGGAGCUAUCGAGGAGGAGGAGCCGGUACAGGUACGUACCUACUACGUCCCGGCUUUAGACUUGGACCACCUCAAGCAGAAUGCGUAUGACCCUGGCCAGACAGAACCUUUACAGGUUUCAGAAGAUGAGGCACUAGACUUACUGGAGUCUGUUAUACAGUCUACAUCUGCAUCGCAAGUAACCAAAGAGUAUGUCCUCCAGGCUAUACUGAAGAUCAGUGCAAGGUUUACACAUUCAGCAGAGCGCAUUAAGAAGAUGGCAGCACCUUACACGCAGAGUCUGGAUACAGAGUUGCAGCAGAGAUCAGUGGAGUUCACUGCGUUAGUCACAUCACAUGACAAUAUGAGGCCUGGUUUAUUAGAGAGAAUGCCCCCUAUGGAGAGGAAAGAUGAGAAACAGGUGAAUGGUGACAUGAACGGUGAAAGCGAGGACAGGAAACCAAUGAAACCACCCAGUGUGCAACAUGAGAGUAAAGGCUUGUUGGAGUUGCUAGAAACCCCAGGUGCACCCAUGCCCAACGCAGGCCUGUCCCUAUCACCUACACACAACCAGAAGACGGAGCCUUCGUCGAGCGGUGGAGAGCUACUUGACCUGCUUGACACCCUAGACCUGAGUGGCCCAGCCCCUGCCGUGCCAGGGUUCCAGCCUCUAGCACCCAUGCCCAGCCAGCCAGCACCUGUCAACAUCAUGGAUGCCCUGGGCACUCUAGAACCCAUGGUGGCCCAGCCCCAAGCUGAUCUCCUAGGUGGUUUAGUCAACAAUAUCAGUGGGCCUUCAAUACCUUCCGUCAUCGCGGUGGAGAACCCUACGUUGAAGAUAGAGUUUGCCUUUGAGAGGGAAUCCCCGGACAAGGUGGCCAUCCUGCUGAGAGCCACCAACCCUACUCUCAACCCAGUCACUAGUUUCCUGUUCCAAGCUGCAGUCCCAAAGACAUUCCAACUCGAGCUGAUGACGCCCUCGGGCGACCUGGUCCCGCCCAACAACUCCGGCGCCGUCACCCAGACCAUCAAAGUGACCAACCCUUCCCGCCAGGCCAUGCGGAUGCGCUACAAGCUGGCCUACACCGUGCUAGGCAACACCAGCCAGGAGCAGGGCGAGGUCAACAACUUCCCCCCGGCCAUGUUCUCAUAGCACUAGGCCAGCAACUUCAUGGAUUGGCGUCCUCCAGCAUUUUGUGUUUUCUCCAGCGUAGCUUUAGGUAAGGGGCUGUGUUUAGAAUUUGGUGCAAUUUGUUGUCACAAAUCGAAAUCGCAAGGCCUGUCCGGUAUCGGAAUAUGCCUUGACAAUCGCAGUGGCUCUGUCAAAAUGAGGAAUGAGUUUGAGCAGUCCAAGGAUAAGGGAUGCAAAUGUGCAGCUCAUUUUCCCUGCACUAUGAUGAAUUGAUCAACGGAUUCUUACGGGGAGUUCUUUGACAAUAUACGCAGAUACAACCCAUUAAAAAUGGAUAUUUAUACACAGAUCCAUGGGAAUUUUUUUUAAAGCAAAUAUUCUAGUGAAUGAUAAAGGCAUAUCGACCCUCCUAUGGAAACAUGCAUUGUCAGCCUUGUUAUAUUACUUGGGCCAAUAUUGGUCAAGACCCCCAUUGGUUUGUACACAGUAUGCCAGGAGGUGAGGAAGAACUUUUUGACCGUUUGUGACCUCUUAAAUAGUAGGAGGAUUAAUUAACAAUCAAAUAAAAAGUAUUUAAAUGUCAAAAUCGCAUUGAUAAACUCAAAACGCUUGUGACUUUGUCCUUGAUAUCUCGAACCAGCUCUAUGAGCUUAUUCCUCAUUUUGAUGGAGUCGGCAACAGAUUGCAUAACAGCGAUUCCCGAGAAUGCAAAAUUCAGCACACACUCGUGUACAAAGGCAGCACAUAUUGCUUUGGGGCAGAAAGCACACAAAAAAUUGCAAGCUUCCCAAAAGAUGUGCACAGAAUGUUACCUUGGAAUCAAGCAUAAGUUCGUCACAAUUCCUGUGCGAAACAUAUUCUUGGAAUGUUUCAUUCGAUAAUGUACUAAUAUCACUUUUCAUAAUGAAAUUCAACUAUAGCACUGAUUGUUACAUUCGACUGGCAUUUGAAAUGGCAAAUUAUUGAAAUACCAUUUGACAUCGCUUUUGUACAAAUCAAGAAAGUGUUUCAUGCUGUGGUCAUGUUGGUCUGGUUCCCCAGGGCGAGAUAGACACGUGGCACCGAUUCCCAAUCGUUUAUAUCAGUACCAGACUAUACUCGCGUGCCUCUGAACUUGUCAAUCACAGAAAAAAAAAAUUCAUAAUUCCUUUCUUUUUUUUUAAAACAAACUUGACUCAUUCUUGCCAACUGGCAAUUAUUUUCUUCAAAUUUAAGCAUAUUAUUACAGCCAUCAUCUUGAAAUUAAAUUUUGAAUAAUUGCUCAUUAGGAAUGUGUCGGUCUCAUCAAUUGUCAUUCACUUCAGGAAAAAAAAACGGAGAGUUAUCAAUUACGGUUUGUUGUCAUCCCCUCUAUGAAGAAUUCCAUGUCCUGACUCUUUCUUUGUGUCUUUCUUUGAACGAUGAAUCAGAAGUGACACAAUGUUCACUGAACGCAUAUAUCAAAGGUUUUUUUUUUUUCAAUCUAUUCCUGUGGUCUGUUUAUAGUGUAAUUAGGCUUUAUAUGAUGAUACACAAAUCUUAUGUGAAUGGAAGGGGACGAUUAUUUUGUAUUGUGUACAUUUGUUAAUUAUUUAAAGUAUUCCGGCCGGUUACAAAUUGGUUAUUGGGUACUUUGGCUUGUGCAAAUUGUCGCCAUUGAUUUGUCAGAAUUCUUUAAAGUUAAGUUUUUUUGUUUAUUUUGUUUUAUAGGUAAACAAUGUUUAUACUUAUGUAAUUCAGAGCUGCUCCAAAAACUUAAUCGUCACUACUUCUCAAGAACUUGUUUGUUCUCUCUCUCUGUUAAAAAAAAAUGGUACCAUUGAAAAUGUGUAGGUUUUGCGUUUAAUACAGUAUCUUGUAUCUGUUUGUGUUGAUUUCUCUCUGGAAGUGGACCAUUGUUGAACAUUUUGCACCAUAGCUAAAACAACUGAGCAAGCCUAAUAAACUUGGUUCCAGAUCG